UUAUCCCAAAUAAAAAAAAAUUAGCCUCGCCACCUAAUCGGUGGAGAAUAACGUUUAUCUCCUCUCACCCCAUGGCCCAACAUGUCAAACAAAAAAAGAUCAUAAAAAAAGGGAAAAAGUUACAGCUAGCGCUUUCAGCAGCCUUCUUCUGCGUCACCCUGCCAUUGGUCAUCUGAAGUUGACUUGAAGCGGUGCUGAAGUCUGAACGCCAAAGUUCUCUCCUCCCAAGGCUUCGAUUCAAGGUCAAGGCUCAACCUUUGUCAGUGCGGACGGCUCGGUGGGCGCAAGACACGGUGAAACACGCGAAUCCACCCUUGGCCCUAGGAACCGAGUCUUUGGCCUGUGAUUCCGUUCCUACCCUCUUCGACCAGUAUGCCGCCCACCGACUCGACGAGCCUGACCCCACCUCUGUCCCCACCCAAACGGCCUUUCCGGGGUUCGACCUCCACUCGCGCGGAUUCGAGCCGGCCCUCGGGCUCAUCGCUGGUCCCCCAUCAUGGCUGGCUAGGGCGGACCUCGCCGGGCCCAGGACCCCAAGGAGAAGAGGAAGAGGAGGAGGAGGAACCGCAGAUGAAGAGUCCCAUGUCGGAUUCCGCCCUCUUGACCACACCCCGUAACAGCCUGCGCACGGCGGAACAGGCCGAGGGCCGCUCUCAGUCCUUGACCUUGUCCUCCAAAAAGCGGAGCGCUUUCCGUCGACGCCUUCAGCCUCAAUGGGAUACUCUGCGACUUGGGCGCCACUCCGCGCCCGGCAAAUCCCAGACCAGCUCCGCGUGCUCCCGGGUCUCUGCCGGCGGGGACGAGAAUCGCGACCCCAUUGUUCAUGGAAAACGCUCCAAAUCUCCAUCUGGUCGUGCCACCACACCUCGACGCAAUCUCUUUGGAGAGCGUAGCGCCAUCACCGGACAAGCCAUCCCGGCUUUGGGCACCAAAGAGUCUGUGGGCGCCUCUGCUUCCACGUUCUACGGAGCCAAAUCUCAGAUGACACCAGUGUUGGUGAGCUCGCCGCGCGCGCUCAAAUCGGCGCUGAAAAAUGGUCGAGAGGCCGUGGGUCGGACCCGAGGUCUCUUGGGCGACGAUUUGGCCCAUCAUCCCGGAGUUCGAGCCAAACGGGUCCGGUCCCGUCCCGUACCAAUUGAGGAGGUGGGCGAGGGAGGAGUACCGCCCAUGAUUCCCUUGACGGACUUUGCUCUUCCGAUAGAUUCGAGCAUGAAACCCGCUGUGUUUGUCGAUCCUCAUCGAGUUGGGCUUCCAAAUAUUGGUAUGACGUGUUACAUGAACUCUGUACUGCAAUGCCUCUUCAGUCUUCCCCCAUUCAAACAAUCCCUUAAAUCGAUUCGCGAAUCCGUGAGUUCGGCCGUUCAAAAUGAGCCGGAGCUCUUGGAUAAUGUAUCCAUACUUCGGGCCAUCACGGAUUUGAUGACCGAUCGUGAGAAAGGUCAGAUGUCCCAUAUUGACGAGAAGGUCCGUUACCUUCAAGCCGAGUUUCAAAAGAUUCGUCAAGAGUUCCAACUUGGGUGCCAACAAGAUGCUCACGAAUUUCUCACCCAAUUAUUCGACGCCAUCGAGUUCCAGUCCAUGACUCUUAUGGCCAAUGACUCGUCGGUUCAAUGUCCGGUGUCGGAAAACUUCGAAUACAAUGUCAGUGUUGUCAAAACGUGCAGUCAAUGUGAUACCAAACUCCACUCCACUUUGAAAGACACCAUGUGGAAGCUCAAUAGUCCCCGUUCGAAUACCAAAAACCUAACUAGUCUUAUCCAGAACUCCUUGACUUCGACGGUGAAAGCCAAUUGUCCACAAUGCGAAGCCAAAGCCAAAGCCAAUGGAGCCACCUACGAAGGGACCUUGGCCCAUCAGGUCUAUGAAUUUGAGACUCUACCCCGUGUAUUCAUGCUUCAUCUGCCUCGAAUGCAUUACUACAAGAACCAUUCCGGAGAUUACGCGUGUGACAAGCGAGAGAUCCCCAUCGAAAUCCCUCCGGUGCUGAACAUGGAAGAACUGGCCGUGCCCUCCGACCAAAUGUUCAAGAGAUUGCAGAAUUACACGGACAUUGAAGAAUCUUUUGAUGAGCACAAGAACUAUCAUGUUGAGCUUGAGCUCUUGGACCCCGAAAUCACCUUCAAACGUCCGUCAAAUCCAGCCAACUACGCUGUCAAUUCUCGGAUCUCUAGUCAGAAUGGAGAAGCCCUCGAUUAUUCACGGAAAUCCUAUGAUGUGAAAAACAUUUCGCCGGUGAAACCACCCAAUCGAGGAGGACCGGGAUCUUUGAGCCCUUUAACCGAACUCGAAUGCUCAGCUUUGUACAGCAGCGACGAAAAUGGAAAUGUCCAGUCUACCGCUCGGAAUCCGUCCUCUCGAAGCGUUCUUCAACAAGGUUUGACCGAGGCCGCGACGGCCAUGCUCGGAUUGGGCAACGACCUGGGUUGGAUCAGGGAGAAGCAGCCUUCACCAGACUCGGUUCAAGAGGUACCCAACUCUUGUGUGGUCCGACAGGACUCGCCUGACGACUCCAGAGAGGACGACACGAGUCUGGGGGAGUCCAACAUGGACAUUGACGAGGAGCUGCGUAGCAACGGUAUCCACAUCACGGAGGAUCUCUUUGAGCAAGAAGAGAACGCCAGUGAUGGUGUGGCUCUAAAUAAGCAGCUUUGUGUGGAGGUCGAUGAGCCUCGGCCACACGUUGAAGGUGGGGAAGGGCGUCUUGUGUUGACUUUCGAUCACAAAGAACAUGAUACGUCGGAUCUUAGUCGGACGGAAUCUGCGGCCUCAGAUUUCUCGCAUUCCUCGUUUUCGUCCAAGGGGGAUGAAUUGGACGACGUUUCGGCUUCCGUUUCGGAUGAAGACACGAAAAUUAUUCGAACCUUUAACAAUAAAGUGGACAACCCGUACUUUAAUUACUAUCUAGUGGCCAUGGUGAAUCAUAUUGGCGAAUCGGUCAACAGUGGCCACUACAAGGCCGAUGUUUACAGCCUGGAGAAAGAACAAUGGUUCCGAUAUGACGAUGAUCGAGUGAGAGAAAUCUCCCAUCAGCGGGUUCUCUCCGAGAAUGCCAUCCACGGAUAUCUGUUCGUUUACUUGCACAAAUCAUAUUUCAAGCGACCCUGCCGACGUGCGGAUAAGUUGAGUCAAGUUGUCUUGGGCAAUAGACCUACUCCGUGACGAAUUUGACGUAAAAACACACUUUAGGGGACCCACUCCUGUGUCUCCCCUUUGUCCCCAAAGAUCUCAUCUGUGAUAUUUUGAGAACCAAUUUUUCAAGGACUGUCUUGAUUUUCUGACCAAUCUUGAGAACAACAUGUAGUGCCACGCAAUAAAUCUAUCUUGACAAUUCUA